UUUGGAUACAAACGGUGCCUUAGGUCCAAGCUGAAUUGUGUGGCCUUGCUAGGAAAAACUGAAUAGCCAGGGCGCGCCGAUCAAUUGGCGGCAUCUUCACUUCGCCUUCAGCUCAGUAAACCCUAAAUUCGCCCAAACACACCCAAUUGCUAAAACGGGCAGUUUAUCUAAAUCAUUUGCUGUCAAAAUGGUCGACGAGGAGAAUAAAGUGCCCGCCGGCACCGCCAGUAGAGCAUCCAAUAAACGGACCUUUGAUUCCAUAGCCAUAUCCAAUGAAAAUGAUCCACUGCAAAUUCCAGAGAGACCGUUUCCCGUGACCAAGAAACGGGUCGUGUUGGGAGAGCUUAACAACUUGGGAAACGUUGUCGUGUCGAUUCAAAAUUCGGAUUUCACCGAAACCCACGAGUCCAAACGCAAAAUCAAGUUGACAAAAACUACAACCAGAAAUGUAGUUAAAGACACUGUCGACCCCGAGACUAGUAUUAAUUCUAGUCCUAAAGUUUAUCUGCAGAAAUGUGCUUAUGGUCCUCUCAUUUAUCAGCAUCUUCACUCCUUGGAGGUUGAGGAAAGGAGGAGGCCUUUGUCUAACUACAUGGAGAAGGUUCAGAAUAACUUGAUUCCUACUAUGCGUAUGGUUUUAGUUGAUUGGUUGGUGGAGGUUGCAGAAGAGUACAAACUUGUUUCAGACACCCUUUAUCUCGCAGUGUCAUACAUCGACAGAUUUUUGUCUUCUCACGUUUUAGCCAUGGAAAGGCUUCAGCUUCUCGGUGUAUCUUGCAUGCUUGUUGCAUCAAAGUAUGAAGAGAUCAGUCCGCCUCAUGUUGAAGAUUUUUGUUACAUUACAGACAAUACAUACACCAGAGAAGAGGUAGUGAAUAUGGAGAGGGAUUUGCUCAGUUUUCUGAAUUUUGAGAUCAGUAGUCCCACCACAAUAACAUUUCUCAGAAUCUUUAUCAAGGCCGCCCAAGAUAAUUUUUCUUUUCUAACUUUGCAAUUUGAAUUCUUGAGCUGUUACCUCGCGGAGCUGAGUUUGUUAGAUUAUAGUUGUGUGCGGUUCUUGCCAUCAAUGACUGCUGCUUCAGCUAUCUUUCUAUCAAGGUUUACAGUGUUGCCUAAAGUCCGCCCAUGGACUAUGGCACUACAACAAUGUACAGGUUAUAAACCAUCUGAACUGAAGGAUUGUGUUCUCGUAAUCCAUGAGUUGCAAUCUGGUAGAAGGGAAGCAACUGGGCGCGCAUUAAGAGAAAAAUAUAUGAAUCACAAGUACAAGUGUGUGGCUGCAUUGCAUCCUCCAGAUAUUCCUGCUUGCUUUUUCGACGAUGCUUGAACAAGAUGCUCAAGCCAAUUUCGAGCUUCCCCAAAGAUAGUUCACCAAGCAAUAUACUUUACUGGAUUUUGCUCGGCAGAACACCAGGUCUUUAUUUGAAUUUUACCAUCGCUGUCAACAGAUUCAACUUCUGAUUGUUUUCCCCGGCGAGGGACUUCAGGAUUUCUUAGCUCCAGAAAAGACGCAAUGGCGUGAAAAAUCAUUCUUUUCGAAUGGCUUGGGAUAAGGAUGUAUAGAUUAUGUUCAAGAAGGAUGGUCUAUACUCUGAUGUUUCAAACAUGGAAAUGGAAAAAAUUGUAAAUUUUGUUUGUUAUAAGUUAAGGUGGAUACUGUACAUGGCUUGCUAGUUUCUUCUUUCUGCAUUUAAUCUUUUGCCAGUUCAUUUACCAAUCUAUA